AACAAUGUACCUAUAACAGAGUCAUAAAUAGUGUAGUUCUUGAUGCCUUGUUCCCGUUGCAUGCAUUUUUCACCAAGCUUAUCCUAAAUUGAUUUUGAGCAUGUCUUUCAUUCGUUGUUAUGGGAGACGGUGAGCCAAUGCUUUGAACUGAGCUCUCUUAUAGAAAGCAAGUCUCAAGUAAUACUUAGACUGGAUUCUUCCUAAACUUGGACUUAUUCAAUACUGGCCCUCUACAUCCUACUAAUGGGCCCAUGUAGGCUUGGGCCCAUGGUUGAAGCUUGACAGCAGUCAAGUGAAUUGUCACUUAAAAAUGUGAUCUAAUUGCUCCCGAUAUGUUAAAUGCAAAGUGAGGGUCAUAAUGGAACAAUAUAAAUUUAGAACAGCAAGCUCAUCAUUUUUAAGAAUUUCACCCCUUCCUUGGCUGAUCCUCACAGGGAAACUUGAAUUUAAAGCAGCACUAGGGAUUCAAAACUCAUCUCAACAACCUUAAAAAGGAUUAAGGAGAAUCCCUAUCCAAAACCUCAAACUGAUUCAGUUACACUACAAGUAAGUCCUCAGUGAGCUCUCCAGGUCAAUGAAAGCCUGACCUUCACAUCCUUGUUCCAAUGAUUUAAACACCUAACAGCAUAUUAAGUUCUUUGAUGGUUUAUGCCCAUCCAGUCUGAACCUCCAGUGGAGGAAGUCCCUUCUCCCCUAGCUCUCCGCCCCUAGCCCAUAGCAUUAUGGCAAGCAUCAGGAUCUUUUAUCAUGGGGUCAGGUUCCCAGUUCUUACCCUAAUUCCAGCUUCCAUUUCUUUCCCUUAUAAUCCUUAUCUCAGCAAGAUUUAUUGAGACCUCUAAGUCAGAACCCAUAUAUUACACUUAAUAUAUCUCUUUAAUUUACAUUCCCAAAGUCAUUCUUUAAUUUACAUUCCCUCCUUUCAUUUGUUACUGUGUUACCUCUUUGUACAAUUCUUUUUUUUUUUUUUAAUAAUUUUUUAUUGACAAAACCCAUGCCGGGGUAAUUUUUUUUACAUUAUCCCUUGCACUCACUUCGGUUCUGACUUUUUCCCUCCCUCCCUUCACCCCCUCCCCCAGAUGGCAUAUUGACAUAUUGAUUGAUUGACAUAUUGAAUACGGUAUAUUUGUGGAUCAUAAAAUAUUUAGCAAAUUUGACUCAAACAUAAAAAGAACCAAUGAGAUUAUAUAUUUAUGUACUUAUCAUGAAUUGUCUGUAUUUCGACAUUAGAGUAACAAAUGUGUUAUCCAGUGAGUGGUUGGGGCAUUUAUAAAGUAAGGGCUGAGAACUUUGAGGAGCGGACUCCGGCUCAGGGCAGAUCCCGGGCAUGCGCACAGAGCUUUGUUAGCCCCCCGACUACGUUUCCCAGAAGGAGUAGGGGUCCGGUCGCGAAUACUUUCCCCCAUAGAAAGGAUAACAGGACCGAAAGGAGCAGAAGCGAUCGGAAGUGUUCCCUCCGGACCGGAAGCUGCGCGAGCUUCAGUGCGUUUUCUCGGGCGGUCCCCCCAGCAGCUGCGGUUCCGGGCUCGCUGUCACCCGGCCCCGCAGCCUUUCGGGCCCUGCUGCUCGGGAUGGCGGUGCAGCCCUGUGCGGGGCCGGCCUCGGAGCUCUGGGGGGAGCGCGUGGGGACGUGGGGGGACGUGGGUUUCGCGGGGCUGGGGGCGGCUGAGGGGCGCCAGGCCCAGGGCGAGGGGGCCCGACCAGCCCCGGCCUGCCAGGUGAGGGGGCCGGGGGACGGGAGUGGCGCGGCCUUCUUCCUGCUAACUCGGAUCCAUCUCCCGCUCCGAGCAUUCAUCCUGGAUCUCACGCGUUUGCCCCUCCCCCGCCGACGUGCCUACCUCCCUCAGUCCCAGAGCCUGGGAACCUCGGCUUAAGGGCAGGGAGGAGGACGAGCGGAAAACCCCGGGGUGGGAGACCGGGUGCUGGGUUUGCUGCCAUUGGGGCGAGCCUUCUCUCCUUCCCCGUGCGGGCCCAGGGGACUGAAGCAAAGGAUUUUCCCGGCCCUGAUCCGGAGUUUUCCCCCUUUCUCCCCAACCCCCCCCAAAGCUUCGGGACAAACCCGGGCAGGGCCGGACCAGUUAUGUCUGUCCCGAGGCACCUUCCUUGGGGUGGGCUCCACAUGCCUCGAGGGUGAGUAGGGGAGGUGCACUAAAUACGGGGUCACAUUAAAAUGGAAAGAGGUCAGAGGUCAAGUAUUAACGACCUCUUUAGCAGGCCCAGGGGCAUCAGAAUGGGGGGAAGCCCAUAUUGUGUAGCAAUUCGGGGUCCAAUAAAAGAGAUGACGUGCGAACCGCAUAGGUCAUCUAUUGGGAUCACCUGGGAAAGAAGGAGCUCGUACCGGAGGAGAACGGGAAAGUUGGCGGUUUGGUUGAGACUUGAAGGAUGAAGAAGAGUCAGCUAAUAGCUUUUCCCAAGCACCCCUUUUAGUGCUGAGAAAGCAAAGACCAGAGUUUAAAAACCGAGUCUGCCUUCUAGGAACUGGCCCUUUCACAGGAAAGGUGACAUGCCCCACCACUGUGUUCUAAUAAGAUCUAGACAGGAGACUGGGGGCUAGUCUGAGAGUAGGCCAUGAGAUAAAGGGAGAUUGAGAAAAGCUGUUUGCAGAAGAAUCUUGCCUUGAGACUGGAAGGAAGUGGAGAGAUGAGGGUUUAGUGCUUGGAGCACAGCUAAUGAAAACACCUGAAGUCAGGAGAUGGAGGGUCUCAUAACUGUAUGGAAGCAUCAAAAAGCACAUGAAGGGACAUGAAGCGUAGGAAGAUUUAAAAAGGUAGGAAGUGUCCAGGUCAUGAAGGACUCAAGAACCAACAGGGAAUUUUAUUCUUGAUUUUGGAGGUGAUUGGAACUACGGGAGUGAGUGUGAUGGUCAGACCUGCCCUUGAGGAAGAUUUAAUUUGAUGGCUGAGUGAAGGAGAAUUUGGAAUAGAGAUUUGUGGCAGGGAGACCAAGCGACAAGUUAUAGCAACAGUCCAGGUAUAAAGUGAUGAGGGUCUGCACUUUUCCCGGAGCAAAAAAAAAAGAAUGCUUUUGAGGGAGAUCAUGAAAUGAGAAUCCACAGGAUUUGUCCACAGACUGAACUUUUGGGAAUGAGAGAAAAAAAGUGAGACAUCAAUGAUGACAUCUAGAUUUGGGACCUAUGUACCUAGAAGGAUAAUUGUACCCAUAACAAUAAUAGGAAAGGGAAAGGAGUUGAAGAAGAAAGAAGAGCUCUCUUUCCGAUAUGUUGAGUUUAAGAUGUCUGUAGGACAUUAGAGCAAAAAUGACCAGUAUGCAGUUGAAGAUUCUAGUCGAAGUCAGAAGUGCUGUGAGGGCUGGAUAAAUUAGAUAGAGCAAUCUUCCACAUAGAGAUAAUAAAGAAUCCAUGGAAGCUGUUGAAAUCACCAAGUGAAAUGGUAGAGAAAAAAGUUAAGAGAUCCUAGGACAGAGCCUUGGAGAACACCAACAACUUAGUUGUUUGUCCUUCAUUCUCUUUUGGGGGGGAGGGAGGGCAAAGCAAUCAAGGUCAAGACUUGUCCAGGAUCACACCAACUAGUUAAGUGUCUGAGAUUAAAUUUGAGCUCAGGAUCCUGACUCCAGGGGCAGUGCUUUAUCCACUUUACCACCUCACUGCUCCUUGUCCAUGUUUUUCAGAGGAUCAGUAAUAUCAUAGGGUGAUGUCUUGAUUUACUCAAGAAAUGGAUUUGAACGAGGCAGCAUUGCACAGAGUGGUAAACCUCAUUUUCUCUUCCUGAGUUAUCCAAGUCCAAUGGCAAGACAAAUCAGAAUGAUCUCGGUAUUUUAUUUAGCUGCCUUCAAAUGGGUUGAAACAAAUUGUUCUCAAAGACCUAUUCCACCUGAGGGGAGUCUUUACAUGCUUGGGAGACACAUAUCCCAAACUCAUAAGCAGGUUUGAAGGCUGUCAGUUACCUUCAGCCAGUUUUGGCCCAUCUGUCCAAAUGUUAGUAGCCUAAAAGAAGAUCCAACAACAGAGACUGAGGUCUGGUCAAAUAGGUAGGAAAACCAUGAGCGAGAAGCUUCAAGGGAUUCUUGAGUCGAUUCUUCCAUCUCCCUUUGACUGAAGGUCAAAGCUAGAAGGAAAAAGUGUAACAUCAGGUAAUGGGAAGUUACUCCUCAGAACACAUAAUAGUGGCUUUAGAGGUUGAGUUUGGGAUGGUUAUUAGAGGACGAGGAGGAUUGGAAGGAAAAUGUCUUAACUUGGAUAAUUUUGGGCAGCUUAGAUGGCACAAUGGAUAGAGUGCUGGGCCUGAAGCCAGGAAGACUCGUCUUCCAGAGCUCAGAUCCAAUCCACUCAUUAGAUGUGUGAUCCUGAGCAAGUCACUUAAGUCUGCUUACCUCCAUUUCCUCAUUGUAAAUAUAAUCUGGAGAAGGCAAUGCUCCAGUAUGUCCACAUAAACCCCAAAUGGGGCACAAAGAGACAGCAUUGGGAAAAAAAAAAAUCUCAUCAGAAUAGGUGGUCCAAAAAAAAAAUGGCAGUCUCUCUUUGAGAUGGAAUCCAAUUGGGAUUCUAUUUACACAACACUGCAGCUGCCUUUCCUUUGCUACCCAAGCCUGUAUUUCUGAGGAGAUGUCAUUGCCCAUAGGUUUGGUACAUUUCCUUCACAGUCAUGUUCCAAAAACCUAGAAGAGGGCUCCCAGAUCGUGGGAUGAUUGACAUCAAAUCCUUCCAAGAAGCCUAGAAGGGUUUUUUAAAAGGCCUUUGGAUUUGGUGGUUAAGCUCAUUGUUCAUUCUGAAGAGCAGUUUCAAUUAAAUGAUGAGACUUUAAGACAAAGUUAAGAGAGAAGUAGAGGCAUUUUAUCGUAGACUGCCUUAGCCUUCCCAAGGAGUUUAGCCACAAGAGGAGAUGUAUUGGAUAGUAACUAAAGAGAUUGGAGGAGAAAUGGGUGUCUUUGUAGCAGUGGAAAAGCAAAGAGCAGAUUGAGAAAGAUUGAAGAUUAAUGAGACAGGGGGAUGAUGGAGAAUGCAAUUCCUUGGAAGAGACAAGGUAGACUAGAAUCAUCUGUGCUAGUAGAAGUUUGUCUCAGAAAGGAGAAGUGUCAUCUCUAAAUGUAAGAUGGAUAAAAGAAGUAGUGGGAAGAAAUGAAGUGGGGAGACUGGGAAGAAGGGGAAAAGGAAAUAGCAUUUGUACAGUACCUACUCUUGUACCCAGCACUGUGCUCAUUUAGGUACCACAACCCAUCAAGGCGCGUGCUGUUACCUACAUUUUACGGAUGAGGAUACUGAGUCAGAGGGUAGAUGACACACCGAGGGUCAGCUACUAAGUGUCUGAAGCUGGAUUUGAGCCGGGGGUCUUCCUGACUCCAGGGCCUGCUGCUCUGUCCACUGUACCGCUGGCUUCUGGGAGUGGUGGGCAGUACUGAGUUAAGGAAGAGCGUAGCAUGGCAUGAGUACGCGGUGGUGUUCUUGGCUUCUGCCAUCUACUGUGUGGUGUUGGGUUGGUCACCUUCCUUCCUGGGACAGUUGCCUCCUUGUUAAGUGGAGUAGUAAUUCUUUAAGCCACCCAUCUCACCAGAUAGACUGCUUUGUAAGCCCACACACUAGCAAUAUAAAGCUCUUCUCUUAAUGAGAUGGGGGAGUAGGGUGGUCGAAGGAGGCACACGUCACUAUUGGGCACUGGCCUGUCCUGGGGCCGGACCCUAUUGUCACCCUACUGACAGUUGCAUCAGUCUCCUAACCAACCAUGCCCCUUCUCCUCAUCCUGCUUUCAGAUUUCUUCUCUCUGUACGAGUCUGACCGCAGAAUUGUGAUGCGGAGAGCCUUCCAUUAUUCUGUUCUCUGCCCUUUGGCUUGCCAUUCAGAGUCCUAUUCUCUUCCACCAUCCACCCUUCAAAAAGAAAAACAAGUUCCUUGUUUUCCAAUCAAGCAAAAUAAAUUCCCAAAUUGGUUGUGUUCAGAAUAAAAAAGCAAUCUGCUUUCUUGUCCUGUCUAAAUCCUAAAAGCUGUGAGACACCGCCCCCUCCCCGAAAUAAUCUGGGGGCUUCGUGCUAUGGUCAAGAUCCAUGCAACAGAAUGGGUGAGCAGGAAUGUAUUUGAUGUUUCAGCCAUCAGUGACCUUCAAAGAUGUGGCUGUGGACUUCACCAGGGCAGAAUGGGAGCACCUGGAUUCUGCUCAGAGAGACCUCUACAGAGAUGUGAUGCUUGAGAACUAUAAGAACCUCGUCUCCUUGGGCUUUCAAAUUUCCAAGCCAAAAGUGAUCUCCAAGUUAGAAAGAGGAGGUGCACAAUGGAUGCUUGGGAGGAAAGUUCCAAGAAGGCCCUUUCCAGGUCGCCUUUGUCAGAAGAGUAAGGGUAAAAGCAAGGAUUCUGCUCCAAAGCAGUGUAAUUAUAUUUCAUUAAAGAAAAGACUUAUGGUGAAUAGUAAUGAAUAUGUUGAUGUCUUAAGACAGAACGGAUACCUUAGUGGACAUCAGAAAAUUCCUAUUGGAAAGAAACUCUAUAAAUGUAAUGAAUGUGAAAAAGCCUUCAACUCCAACUCAAGCCUUACUGUACAUCAACGCAUUCAUACUGGAUUAAAACCAUAUAUGUGUACUGAAUGUGGGAAAGCCUUCAGCCAAAAAGGAAACCUUACUAAACAUAAAAGAAAUCAUACUGGAGAGAAAUCCUAUAAAUGUAACGAAUGUGGAAAAGCUUUUAGAGACAGAGGAUACCUUUCUAUUCAUCAAAAAAUUCAUACUGGAGAGAAAUCUUAUAAAUGUAAUGUAUGUGGGAAAGCCUUCAGCCAGAAAGGACAUCUUACUGUACAUCAGACAAUGCAUACUGGAGAGAAAUCCUAUAAAUGUAAUGAAUGUGGGAAAGCCUUCAGCCAGAGGGGCAGCUUUAAUAUACAUCAGAAAAUUCAUACUGGAGAGAAAUCCUUCAAAUGUGAUGAAUGUGGAAAAGGUUUCAUUGACAGAGGAAAUCUUAAUAAACAUUAUAAAAUUCACACUGGAGAGAAAUCUUAUAAAUGUAAUGAAUGUGGUAAAGCCUUCAGCCAGAGAGGAAGCCUUAAUAAACAUCAUAAAAUUCAUACCGGAGAGAAAUCUUAUAAAUGUAAUGAAUGUGGGAAAGCUUUCAGCCAGAGAAGUUACCUUACAAUACAUCAGAAAAUUCAUACUGGAGAGAAAUCCUAUAAAUGUAAUGAAUGUGGGAGAGCCUUCAGGCAGAAGGGACAUCUUACUGUACAUCAGAGAAUUCAUACUGGAGAAAAACCCUAUAAAUGUAAUGAAUGUGGUAGGGCCUUCAGAAAGACUGGACACCUUGCUGUACACCAGAGAAUUCAUACUGGAGAAAAUCCUUUUAAUACAGUGAAUGUUGAAAGACUUCAGUCACAAGACAUUCUUUAUUUAUCCUGAUAGUUCAUGAAAGAUAGAAACUUUCAGUGUAAUGAAUGUGGAAGAGUUUUCACCCAAAGUGAAAACAAUUACUGAAUGUUUAAUCAUAGAAUUAGAGGAUUUGGAGCAGAAAGUGAUUUUUGAAAUCAUGUAUUCUAAUUCUUUAAUUUUUAUAGCUGAUAGGGUAUUCGGGCUGGAAGCAAACUGAGCUCUUCGCUGUCACUCAGGUAGUCAAUUAGCAGAUCAAGGAUUGGAACUGAGAUCUGAGCCGAAUCCAGUUUUCUUUCCAUUACACCUUGCUGACCUCAGAAUUCAUAUCACAGAGAGAACCUCUGAAUGCAACUUAUGGGCUUGUCUUCAGAAGCAAUUCCUGCUUAGUCCACAAAGAAUUUCAGAAUUGGAAAUGGCCUCAGCAGCUAUUCCAUAUAACCCAAACCUUAAAAAGAAUGUACUACAAGGAGUAGCUCAGGGGCGAGCAUGCAUAAGCAGCAAAAUGAGAUGUUCUGGUAACCGAAAGGCAAUAGUUAUAUGUGUAAUGUAAAUGUAAAAUAUUGUUUGUGUAUUUUUUUUGAAGCAUGGUGCUUAGAACUCAUACAGUGCUAUAAAUGUAGUCAUAGCACUCCAAAAUUCACUGGAACUAUGACCUUUUUCAUGGCAGCUCUGUCUUGUAGUAUACAAUAGCAUUCACUGUUUUACUUGUCAUAGCAAACUGUUGGCCUGUUGUGAGCUUGCAGACCAUUAAAAUCUACAGAUCUCUUGCUUACACACUUGAUUUUAAAUAUAUCUUCCAUCAUCUUUUAAAUGUGAAUACAUUCCCGGGCAUAAAAUUUGUAUACAUAUGCAUACAUUUGAUUUCCCUCUUGUUAGAUUCGGCCUGUUGUGCUAGUCUAUCAAAAUCUUUUAAAACGCAGCUCCAAUCAUCAAAUGUAUUCGUUGUCCCUCCCAGAUUGAUGUCAUGUGUGAAUUUGAUAUGGAUGCCAUCCAUACCUUCUCCAAGUCAUUGAUAAAAAUAGUGUAAACUCAUCAAGGCUGAGGACUAUAAUUGUAGUUUUUCCCUAGCACCAACACUGCAUCAACUUUUAAGAACCAUUUGUUGAAUGAAUAAAUGUUGAAUAGCAUAAGACCAAGCACUUAUCCCAGGGAUACUUUUUAGAUUAUCUUACGCAAAGGGGUCAUUGAAAAUUUAAUGGCUGCUCAUUGGUUGAUUCAGUAGAAAUAUGUCUUCUUUUACCCUCUAGGGUAAGGAAAAAAUCAACUUUACAAGUUCAGCAAUGGUAAUACAUAAUAGCAGCUUUAAGAUCUGAAAGUUUUAGUGAACUUCAAGUUCAAUGUCAGUAUUGUGAUGUGACAGCCAAAAAAGUAAUGCAAUUGGAGACUGCCUUAAGAAGCUUAACUUCCAGGAACAAGAAGGCAAUAGUUUUAUACUCUGACUUCAUCAGACCUUACUUGGAGUCCCAUGUUUAAUUUAGGGCACCACAUUUUAAGAAGGACAAGAAUAAGGAAGGAAAUAGCCAGAGAAGAGCAACAAGGGUGGUAAAGGAGAUUGACGCAAAGUCAUAAGAUUAUUGGUCGAAGGUACUAGAGUUCUUUUAAUCUCAGUUUGAGAGAACUUGAAUGCCUAAUGGCUGUGUUCAGUUAUUUAAAGGUCUGUUCAAAAGGAAAAAACAGGAACACUUGGUAGAAAUUGUAAAGAGGCUUGAUUUGGGGGAAAAAUAAUAAACAGAUUUGUCUGACAGUGGCAUGAAUUACCCUGAGAGACAGCACAUUUCUGUGGGUCUUUAAACAAUUAAUGGAUCAUCAUGUAUCAGGUGUAUAAACUUGGGUAUGGAUGAGUCUUAUAUGGCUGCUGAGGUUCUUUCUAAUUUUCAGAUUCAAAAUUGUGAUUCUGAGGCUAGUUAUCCAAUCAGUUCAAAUCUAGCACAAUUGUUGUCAUUUAGCCCAUGUUUUUAUUUCUACAAGAAUAGCAUGAGAUUCUUAAUCAGAGUAUUUGGUAUAAUGGAGGUUAAACUGAUCCAUCCGUUUAAUAAAACUUUUAAAAAGAAUAUAAGGUUAUUUUGAUAGUACCUAUUUUUGAUGAAGCUAUACUGGCUUUUUGUGAUCACAUUUUCCUUUUCUAUAUAUUUGCUAAUUUUCCAAUAGGUUUCCUUUAUCUUUUUGGUAGAGCAAU